UAGUUCGUGGAAGGGGAAUAUUCAAUUUUUAUGGCACGAGUGCAACUCUGCCAUAAUUACGAAUCGGUGUCCGCUCCGCUGUCAAAUUUCGCUUGUGGCGUUCGCCUAGUUUCCGUGGUGCAUCAAAGGAUUUUUCAAAGACGGGAUUUCGUGAAUCACGAGACGAGAGCAUCUUGCCCGCAUCUAGUAUUUGGCGUUUCCCUGACUGGUGGCUUGCGAGGCGGAAUCUGGCGGCGUCUGAGCUACAUGGCGUGGUCGCAUAAGUGGGAGUGAGUGAAGUACGGUCGUCGCAGAAGUGUAACAGUGAGAUUGGUGUUUUACUGGCUUUGCUGAGAGUGUUGAGUCCUAUCAGGCUAAAUAAUUUGUCGAGUUAUUUUCGGAGCGUGGCGCGGGGCAAUCUGAUAGGGCACGGCGGGAUUUUGGAGAAGUUGGUGUGUUUGAUCCAGCCGAGUAUCAUCGCUUGCUUGACGUGUAAGCAGCGCCAAAGUAUGGUCGUCGUGAAGUGUAGGCGAGGCACAGUUGACUGAAGCUAUGAAUUGAAAGUUGGCGGUGGUGUGCUGCAGUUGGGUUUUGCGAGUUCGCAUUUUAAUUCUUUUGUUUCGUUAGAAACUGUGUUGCUAGUUUACUGAGAUAGUGGAAUAAAUCAGAGACAUUGCCGUUAAAAUAGAAUCUGGUAAAGAUUGAAACAGAUUAGUAUGGUUUUGGCCGAAAGGAAUCCGGAAAUAAUGCGGAACGGUCGUAGGUCACGGGGACCAAGUCCCAACGGUCACGGAGGCACCCCUGAUUCCAGCUCCGAGGACGAUAGUUCAAUCAAGAAAAACGGGUCAAAAUCGAAGAAGCAAAGCGAGUACGAAGAGAAAAUUCGCGUCGGAAGAGACUACCAAGCCGUUUGCCCAGAGUUGAUCCCGCCUCCCGAGAGGAAGAUCGAAAAUUUGAACGACAGAGCUCUUUUGGUCUGGUCACCAACCAAGGACAUUCCGGAUAACAAACUGGAGGAGUACAUUUCAGUGGCGAAGGAGAAGUACGGCUACAAUGGCGAGCAAGCCUUGGGGAUGCUGUUCUGGCACAAGCACGACCUGGAGCGCGCCGUCAUGGAUCUGGCCAACUUCACGCCCUUCCCGGACGAGUGGACGGUGGAGGACAAAGUGCUAUUCGAGCAGGCAUUCCAGUUCCACGGCAAAAGUUUCCACCGCAUCCGACAAAUGCUGCCCGACAAAUCAAUCGCCAGUUUGGUGAAAUAUUACUACUCCUGGAAGAAGACCCGCCACCGACAGAGCGUAAUGGACAGACAGGAGAAGGCUAAGGCAAAGGACGGGUCGGAGAAUGGCAGUGAAAAUGGAAGUAACGAAGAAUCAGAUGGUGAAGAAAAGGAUCCCUCGCUGGUUGCUUCUCAAGACUUGAAAUUGAACAGUGAAAUUGGCGGAGCAAAUAACAAAAGUAAAACGCUUAAUGUAUCGGCAACGAGUAGAAGGCAACCAACGCUGCAACAAUCGGGUGUCGCUAGUACUGCAACCAACUCGAACACACAGGCAACUUCCUCAACGGCAGGUUGUUGUAGUGGGUGCGGUGUUCCUUGCAAUAUGGUAAAUAAUACGCCACACGGGAGACUAUGUAAUAGUUGCUUUCACCACUGGAGGCGAACAGGAACUAAACGGCCAACAACGGGACCGUAUUUUGGUAAACGGUUUCGCGAUCGAAAUGCUGAGCGCUAUAAACGGAAACCGCCACGUGGCAUGCAUAUAAAUCAUGACGAUAUCGUUGCUCUAGCGGGUUCAAGUAACAAUCAAGAUGAACUUCUGUCUAAUAUGGAUAGGGAAAUUGUUGCGUUACUAAGUCAAGUUCAGCAAAAUAAACAGGUUGUAAGCUCUUUGAAACGGAAAAACUCGGACAGUAUAGAAGAGCUACGCCCACAAGAAAAUGCUAGCAAAAUAAACCCGCGCUGGAGCAACGAUGAGUUACUUUUAGCUGUUCAAGGUGUAAAGAAAUUUGGAAAAGAUUUUCAGGCGAUUGCCGAAAUCAUUGGUACCAAAACUGAAGCACAAGUUAGGACGUUCUUUGUCAAUUACCGUAGACGGUACAAUUUAGAUAGCGUACUUAAAGAAUAUGAAGCUGAAAAGGAUCUACAACAGAAGGCAGCGCAAAAUUCAAACUCUAAUAAUGAUGCAGCGAAUUUAUCUUCGAAUCGAUUGCAAGCUGAAGGCGUUAUAAUGGAGAUCGAUCUGGACAGCGACGCUACUGAAAUUUCCAACAAAAAAAUUUUGGAAGUGGACACACUGGACACAGCAAAAGCAGUGGAUAAAUAAAACCAUUAACAAAUAGCAUCGAGUGUUAUAAGAACUUUUUGCGAAGACUUAGGAAUGAACUAAUUUUACAUUUAAUCAUAGACGAUACAUACUUUUAUCGCAUAUAUUUACUUUAUUUACAACGUUCAUUUCCUUCAAAAUAGUUAUAUAAAACCAAUUCUUGCAUUUUAUUAAUGUUGUUCAUUGUAUGAAAGGAAACUUAAAAACAUUACCUUUUCUCAUAUUUUGAUUGUUACAAAGAAUGCAAUUGCAGAGCGUAUAUCAAGCGCGGUAUUUUCAUUUGCUUAAUAUUAUAAAUUCGAAACUCUGAAGUGAAUACUUUGGACCGCUUUCAACAUCAAUUCCACAAUUCGGCAAUUUAUAAAGGAAUAGCGGUUCAUAUAAACUGAUCUCCAUGACUGAAAGAUGUCUCAAAAUUUAGUUACAACACGAACGCACUUAGAAUUUGUUUAUUGGCAAGCUAGUGUUUGUCGCACCCAACAAUUUUAUGUAAAUGUAGCAGAUUUGAAAUCAACUGCGAAUCAAAUUAAACACACGAAGAAGCGAGAAAAAAUCAACUUUGUUUGUAAUCAUUCUUUGAUAAUUAAGUUUUAUUUUGAUAAACGUUUGAAGUAUGGAGUUGGCCGUGCAUAAAACUAUUACAAAUAGAAUUAAAAUAAUUUGCGUUUAUUGUAGACUAAGCGCUGUUGAAUGCCAUGCUUGUGUUGCCUUUAGUGAAUCCCCAAUUUAUUACGCAUGAGGAUAUUGUGCCGAAAAGUAGUAUCUUUUGUAGUUGAAUUUGUAUUGCUUAGAAAAUGUAAGUAAUUGAGAGAUUAGAACGAUUGCAGAAAGCUGGAGCAAUUCAAACACGAUUGCCUUCACUUCCCUGCUUGACCGAGAUUGUGAAUUCACGAGAACAGAUUGUGCAGGACAAGGUCUAGACUUACCAAAGAGAACAGAAGCUCCCCGUUUUAUUUUACCGGCCUUGUAAUAUAUUUGGCGAAAGAUUCGUGAUUUUAUGUGAAAUCCAAUCGGUGUUUUACACGUACCCCCUUCCGAUAGUUCUACUUUAACUUAUUCCGUCCGGCUCGUUUAUGCGGAAUUACUGGUUUCCCCAGUGGUACUGCUUUUAUGAUUGGCUUGACUUUAAGAAACCAUGCGCAACAGUUAAGUCUAUACUGAGUGCUAGUUUUAUAGUAAUCCCCGCUGAUGGGAAACGGUAAAAAUAGAAAAAGGCUUAAUGCAACUGUUUCACCAGCUGAUAUUGAAGUAAUCUUUUGUACCAUUGUUGUCUCAGCCAGACGGAAUGCGUUAAACUUGACAAUCGUGUACAACUAAAUUCGUUGAGAAAGUACGUUGGCAUGCGGAAUUGAACAUUAAUCAAACUUUGAAGUGUUCUUGUAACUAAUCGUAUAUUUCACGUUUAUACAUAUUUGCUACAAAUUCAAUAUGGAAAUCGUAAAAAGUGUUUCUAGUUUUUUAUGCAUUGUAAAGAAAAACGGUUGAAUUGCAUGGCGUUAAAAGAGAAAAGCAACCAACACUGAAUGUAACAAUAAGUUCUUUGAAUCGCGCUUUGAAUUCUAAUAUUUAUGUGUAAUUUAUAUGAAUUAUGUUAGUAUUUAUUUUGAUCCAAUGUUUUCACAACAUUUGUCGCCAAUUAGUUGUAGUUACAUGUUUAAUUAAGUUUUCUUACUUCUUUUGAAAUAAUGUAUAUUUACCUUCUUACAUUCUCGAUAAUAUAGUAUGGUUAAAUUGUAUGUAAA